GUGGUGGGGGAUGGGCAGGACCAACGAGGGAAGGCACCGAGAGUGCUCCGAUGCCGGAUAGCUUCGAGAGGCCGUGACUGGAAGCGCUUUACCUCGUGUUUACCCCCGUCCCCGCCACUCCAUUAAUAAUGUCCGUCAAAUCAGUCGGCAAAACCCUACAACCUUCUGAUCUCUGAUUUAUUUUUUCGGGCGAAAAAAAAUUAAAAUUUCUCUCUCCCUCCCCCUUCAGUGUGUGAUUUUUGUUUUAACUCCUCGGUUCCUUUCUUUGAUUUUCUUGUCCCCCCGCCCCCACCAACCCCUUUCCCCUCCUGCGUUAUGUCUUGAUAAUUUCAUGGGGCUACUAAGAAUUAUCAUGCCGCCCAAAUUGCAGCUUCUCGGGGUUGUGGCAUUUGUGAUCGCGAUGUUGUUCCUGGAGAACCAGAUCCAGAAGCUGGAGGAAUCUCGGGGAAAACUGGAGAGAGCAAUUGCAAGACAUGAAGUAAGAGAAAUUGAACAGCGCCGCACAAUGGACAACCCAAGACAAGACCCAGGAGAAGAAGAGUUGGAUGACAUAAUCAUCCUUUAUAAUCGUGUACCGAAGACUGCCAGUACUUCUUUUACAAACAUUGCUUAUGAUCUGUGUGCAAAAAACAGGUACCAUGUCCUGCAUAUCAACACAACCAAAAAUAAUCCUGUGAUGUCUUUGCAAGAUCAAGCAAGAUUUGUAAAAAAUGUUACUACGUGGAAAGAAAUGAAGCCAGGAUUUUAUCAUGGGCAUGUGGCGUAUCUGGACUUUGCCAAAUAUGGUGUGAAAAAGAAACCCAUCUAUGUAAAUGUUAUUCGAGAUCCCAUUGAGCGACUAGUGUCGUACUACUAUUUUCUGCGCUUUGGUGAUGACUAUAGGCCUGGUCUAAAGAGAAGAAAACAGGGAGAUAAAAAGACAUUUGAUGAAUGUGUUGCAGCUGGUGGGUCAGACUGUGCUCCAGAGAAACUUUGGCUUCAGAUUCCUUUCUUUUGUGGCCACAGUUCAGAAUGCUGGAAUGUUGGAAGCAAAUGGGCUUUGGAGCAAGCCAAAUACAACUUGGUGAACGAGUACCUUCUUGUUGGAAUAACUGAGGAAUUAGAAGACUUUAUAAUGCUUUUGGAAGCCGUCUUGCCACGCUUCUUUAGAGGAGCAACAGAAUUAUAUCGUACAGGAAAGAAAUCUCAUCUUAGAAAAACAACAGAGAAGAAACUGCCAACUAAAGAAACCAUUGCGAGACUGCAAGUGUCUGAGAUCUGGAAAAUGGAAAACGAGUUCUACGAGUUUGCUCUGGAACAGUUUCAAUUUAUUAGAGCUCACGCAGUGAGAGAAAAGGAUGGUGAACUUUACCUCCUUAGCAAGAGCUUUUUCUAUGAAAAAAUCUAUCCUAAAGCAACUUAAAAACAGUUUUCACUACAGUGACCUGAAGAACUGUAUCAAAAAUGUCUUUCUGCUGAAUCAGUUGUUACCUUGAACAGUCUAAUGAUUUUUUUCCCCAAUAAGAGCAGAAAAGAAAUCUUGUUCUACAGUUUGUAUCAAAUCUGCCGUGAACCACUUGCAUCUGUAAAGAUUUUAGGGUCAAGCAUUAGGUGCAUUAAUGGACGAAUGAGCAAGGAAAUCCGUUUACACAAACAGCGCACCAGUUGUGUAGAUGGCAUUCUGUCAUUAUUACUAAUCAGAUUGUGGUAUGUUUUAGGGACUCCUGUGUCUUGUAAACUUUUACCUGUAGAACUAUUUUUUACUAGGGUGCUUUCUAAAGUGUUUCAAAGUAUUGUAAUUUCACAGUAAGAAAAAGACAAAAUGCUGUACAUAUUGCACUUUUUAUGUGUUUGGGCCAAAAGGUUACAAAAAGUUUGAAGUAUUUAUUUCACACCAAUUUUAUUACAGGUGGUGUAACUGAACACGUAGCAUCCAUCAUACUAUACACCCUUUUGUUAGAUACUUUGUGUCAAUUUAGGUUUGUAAGCUUGAAUUUCCUCGCUUGUUUGUAUCAUGGAGAAUAAUGUGGCAAAAGGCAAAACUACAUUGCAGAGACCUGAAGCUUACAGAAAUGCCAUCUUUGACAAUGUGCUGCAUUACAAUUAUGGCUACACAGACCUGAAAUUAGAAAGCAAACUUUUUAAACAAAUAAUGGUGUUUGCCCAGUGAAGGGAAAUAUUCAGUGUUAAUUAAUCUCGUCAUCGCCUAAUUUCCCUUCUGGUUGAAACAGUAUUAGUAGGUUUUCAUUGUUAUUUCCCAUCCCAGUUUAAAAAGUUAUAUAGAUUAAUGUAUUGCAUUUCUAAAUGUACUUUUCUCACAAAUGAAAUGAUAUAUCCAAUAGGCUUGCUAUGUUUUCAGUCAGUGCAUUGCACUGCUGAAUUUUACACGAGUGAUUUCCUUGCAUUCUCUCUCACAUGCAUGCUAACAAUUGAGAAAAUCUGUCCCAACUCCUGCAAUCUUUGCAAAUACUUCGCCGCUUUGUGUUUGUUUUGUCUCUUUUAAAAAUUUGUCCCCUCCUAGGAUUAAUCAACCAGUAUUUUAAAAUAUGGGUGGCUUGAGGCAUAUUUUCUGCUGGACAGUAAAUUCAUUCGUGGUUGUGAAGGUACGACAGUCGGUCAUUGCCCUAUCCCAGUGCAAGCUGAGCUACUUUUCUCAGUUGAGUUAAAGAUGUAGACUGGGCUCUUGGCAGUUGACAAGUAGUGUAAAAAAAAAAUCAUGUGCAGCAGUGGCACCCACUUCUGCACCAAAGAGUAGGAGCAAUAGUUAAAAGGGAUAGAAGCUCCCAAACCAUCAUGGUAUGAUGACUCUAUGAAUAAUUCUGUGCAGUUAACAAAAAUGUAUUUCAAACUAGCCUUGAAUGCGACUACAUCAAAUGUACUAACUGGGAGAGCAGAGGAUUUAAAGCAUUGGCGACUUAGCCAUGUCCUGUCCCUCCUUGGUGACUAUUUUGCACUCCAACUUGAAGAACUGUCAGCGGUUGGCUGUUUCAGUAGUUGGCAGGAAGGCAGCAGGACAACUGGUUGGUUAGCCUUGCCAUUCCGUGUUGUUGCAGGAAGUUGAUAUGGACAGAAGGUGAAACCAUAAGGCCCAGUUGAGUGACAUAGAUUCAAUUGAGCUGUUAACCAUCUUUUGAACUUUGUAGCAGCAACAAAAUAAUAUUUUUAAUUUUCCCAAAAUUGUGCUUAAGAUUUCAUUACUGUGAAGACCCUCAAGAGGCACAUGUUGAAUUUGUACUUAUUUUAAUAUUAUCUCUGUUCUGAGAGAGAUAAUGGCCUAGUGGUAUUAUCGCUAAACUGUUACCUGGUUCUCUGAAUUAAUGGUCUGGGGACCUGGUUUUGAUUCCUGCCAUCACAGACGGUGGGAUUUAAUUCAAUUUUUUAAAAAAUCUGGAAUUAAGAGUCUAAUGAUGACCAUGAAACCAUUAUUGAUUGAUGGGAAAACCCAUCAGGUUCACUAAUGUCUUUUAGGGAAGGAAACUGCUGUCAUUACUUAGUCUGGCCUACAUGUGACUCCAGACCCACAGCAAUGUGUUGAUUCUUAACUGCUCUCUGGGCAAUUGGGGAUUGGCAAUAAAUGCUUGACUGGCCAGCAAUGUCCACAUCCUGUGAAUGAAUUUUUUAAAAAAUGGAGCUGCUGAUGCCUUUGAGGAGCUGUAAUCCCUACACGCUGACGACAAUGGGGAGGGUGGGGCAUUUAUCAUUAACCACUAUAAAGUACAUUUCCUAAAUUUAUUGCGUAUCUGGUUUUGGGAUUCUCAAUAUUUGGUGUUAGAAGAUUUUUAAGAUUUUAGAUGUUUGCUGUAUAUUUAAAGAGGGGGUGAAAUUUAUGUUCCCAACGUAUGAAUGAUGUUAUUCUCAUCGUUGUUUCUCUUCAUGCAAGGAGCAUAACGUUAGUGCUGAAGGCACGAAAUAUAUAAGGUACAGAAUGUAAAUACUGGAAAACAUGGAUUGUGCUCUAUAUAACUGUUUUAAAACAUAAGCAGCUGAAUAGUGCCUUCCUUACCACGGUCCAUGUUGUAAAAAAAAAGUGUACAUUUUGGAUUCAUUUGUGCAUUGUAAGAAAAAUUAAUGUCUUAACACUUUUCAUAGAAUCAAUUAGAGAUGAUUCUUCUGUUUUAGUUUUUGUUUGUAGUUUUUCAGUUUCCUUGGUGCAAAUGUUCCCUAAUAAAGAAAGCUGUACAAACUC